UUUAGGUUAUCCAAGUUGGUUAUCAAAAAAUUUUCUAGAUUUCCAUCAUAAUUUUUGACUUUGAGUGACUUCGGUCGUAUUGAAAUGAGAUUCUGAUUAUUAAACACCGAAAAUCCACAAUGAGUUUCCUGAAGCUUGCCCGAAACCCUAGAUUAGCGAAUACGACGAAGAACGUCGUGCGUUUGGCCAGCGAUGUCUCUUUAAAAGAAACUUUACCGAAAUCAGGACGGGGCAAAACCCUAGAUGUUCUACCGUUAAAUCGUGCGAAAAGUUCCGUUUUUCAUAGUAGCAGGUCUAGGUUUUUAAACAGGGAAGUGUUUAAUAGUAGGUCACUCACUUCGGUGAGAUAUUUUAGUACAAAAAAUGAUGGGACCGAUGAUAUGCCUCCCGAGGAAGAACCUUACAAUCCCCAAUUACCUGCCACUGUUGCUGUACCAGAGGUUUGGCCUCAUGUACCAGUUAUCGCAAUCAGCCGAAACAUAGUAUUCCCAAGGUUUAUUAAGCUCAUCGAACUUACAAAUCCACAGCUUAUUGAACUGAUCAGGAGAAAAGUUAAACUGAACCAACCCUACUGUGGCAUCUUUUUGAAAAAGAGCGAAGAGAAUGAAUCUGAGGUGGUUAAUAAUAUUGAUGACGUCUACAAAGUCGGAGUUUUCGCACAAAUACAUGAAAUGCAGGAUUUGGGCGACAGACUGCGUCUUGUCGUUAUGGCCCAUAGGAGAAUUAAAAUAACUGGGCAGAUUUUUGAUUCUGUAGCUGAAGAAGCAAAGGAGGCAACGCCGGUCAAAUCAAUGAAAAUUCACUUUCCCGCAUUCGAUACAACCAUUAACGUCCCGAACAUUUCAGAAGACGACGCGAGAGGGCGCAGGAAAAACCGCAUUAACCGAAUCAAGAAGUCUCAGCCGGAAAUUCGCAGUGUGGAUGAUAGCGAAAAAACCGAAACCGAGAAAAUUGCCAAGGAAACUGGCGAGGUACCAAAGGAAAAAUUACCGGGGCCUGAACCCCUUUUGAUGGCCGAGGUGGAGAACGUCGUUCAUAAUAAGUUUAGACAGACUGAAGAGGUUAAGGCAUUAACUCAAGAAGUUAUCAAAACUAUCAGGGAUAUUAUUAGCUUAAAUCCUUUGUACCGGGACAGUCUUCAGCAAAUGAUGCAUCAAGGCCAACGAGUCGUUGAUAAUCCCGUGUAUUUGUCCGAUUUAGGGGCUGCCCUGACUGCAGCUGAAAGCAAAGAGUUACAAGAAGUUUUGGAAGAAAUGGAUAUCCCAAAACGGCUGAUGCUUUCCUUAUCACUGCUCAAAAAAGAAUAUGAAUUAUCAAAGCUGCAGCAAAAAAUUGGAAGAGAAGUGGAAGAAAAAGUGAAGCAACACCACCGAAAAUACAUAUUGCAAGAGCAGCUAAAAGUGAUAAAAAAAGAGCUGGGAUUGGAAAAGGAGGAUAAGGAUGCUGUGGGAGAUAAGUUUAGGGAAAGGAUAAAGGAUAAGGUGCUACCCCAAGCCGUAAGCGCCGUCAUAGAUGAAGAACUGAACAAGUUGAAUUUCUUGGAGAGCCACAGCUCAGAAUUCAAUGUGACAAGGAACUAUUUGGACUGGUUAACUUCGCUGCCUUGGGGCAUCCAAAGCGAAGAAAACUUGAAUUUGCAAAGGGCUUCUGAAAUAUUGGACCAAGAUCACUACGGAAUGGAAGAUAUCAAAAGGAGAAUUUUGGAGUUUAUUGCAGUUAGUCAACUUAAGGGCAGCACUCAAGGGAAAAUAUUGUGUUUCCAUGGGCCGCCCGGUGUGGGAAAGACUAGUAUAGCCAGAUCGAUCGCGAGGGCCCUAAACAGAGAAUACUUCAGGUUUUCAGUGGGAGGUAUGACGGAUGUGGCUGAAAUCAAGGGACAUCGGCGAACUUACGUAGGAGCGAUGCCUGGCAAAGUCAUUCAGUGCCUUAAAAAAACCCGAACCGAAAACCCUCUGGUCUUAAUCGACGAAGUUGAUAAAAUUGGAAAGGGCUACUCAGGUGACCCGAGCUCCGCCUUAUUAGAGUUACUAGAUCCUGAACAAAAUUCCAACUUUUUGGAUCAUUACUUGGACGUACCGGUCGAUUUGUCGAAGGUUUUGUUCAUAUGUACGGCGAAUGUUGUGGAUACUAUACCGGAACCUUUAAGAGACCGAAUGGAAAUGAUUGACAUGUCGGGUUACGUGGCCGAAGAAAAACUGGCCAUAGCCAACCAAUAUCUACUACCGCAAGCUAUGAGGGACAGUGGCCUAAAAGACGAUCAAAUCAAAGUGGAAGACGAAGCCUUAAACAUACUUAUUAGGAACUAUUGUAGGGAAAGUGGGGUUAGGAAUCUACAAAAACAUAUUGAGAAGGUUGUAAGAAAAGUAGCAUAUAAAGUAGUAAAAGACGAAACUCAAUUCAUACAAGUGAGCGGGAAAAACCUUCAAGAAUUCGUCGGGAAACCGAUGUUUACCCAUGACAGGAUGUACCCUACUACCCCACCGGGGGUGGUCAUGGGAUUAGCUUGGACAGCCAUGGGUGGUUCUACUUUGUACGUGGAAACAACAACGAGAAGACAAUCGUCACCAGAUAAGGAGGGAGAAGGUAGUUUAGAGCUAACCGGGCAUCUUGGCGACGUUAUGAAAGAGUCGGCCAAGAUUGCCCUUACCGUCGCGAGAAACUAUCUGAACAAACAUGAACCUGAUAAUAAGUUUUUGUUAAAUAGCCAUCUACAUCUACAUGUACCAGAGGGAGCGACUCCCAAAGACGGUCCAAGCGCAGGUUGUACGAUAGUCACAGCUCUCUUGUCUUUGGCGAAGAAUAAAGCGAUCAGGCAGGACCUGGCGAUGACAGGUGAAAUUUCCCUUAUGGGUAAAGUCUUGCCUGUAGGAGGAAUCAAAGAAAAAACGAUAGCAGCUAAAAGAUCAGGAGUAAAAUGUAUUAUUCUGCCCGACGAGAAUAAAAAAGACUUCAACGAUCUGCCAAAGUUCAUAACGGAGGGACUGGAGGUGCAUUUUGUGAACCACGUAGACGAAGUUUACCACAUAGCAUUUCAGGAGUAAAUAGAUGUUAAAUUUUUUUACUUAAGGGGUAUUAUUUAAUUAAAAAAAAAAACAAAUUAAAUUUUACUGUCCUGGCAUUCGGUUCAAACUGAUUUUAUGAAUGAACGAGCGGCUGAAGUCUAUAUUUUGUACAAGAUUGUUACUAUAGUCAAUUUGUACGGAUUUGACUUGGAUGCAAGGAAAAGCUUGCAACUUGGACAGGGUUGUUGUCAGAUUUAUAGUAAAUAAAAGACUGUCCUAAACUGUUAGAUUAGUCGAAUAAAAAAGGGUUUAUUAUGUUUUUUAUUCCGCGUUUUGUACAUAUUUGUUAUUUUUAAAUAUUCCACAAAAAAUAUACAUAUGGAAUUUUUUUGAA